AUGGCAAGUAAGCUGGCAGUAUUCACAGAUGACAUUUCCACCUGCACGUUCUGCUACUUCCGACACCUGAGAGAGCCGUCCUCCCUGCGCAAGAUCAGCACCGCUGAAAUAACCACUUACAUGCAUUUGCUGGAGGCGGAGUUCACAACGCGAUUUGUGGAAUUUAAAAUGUACGGACCAAUGUUCUCUUUCUUGAUCAAGCCCGACAACUUUGAUAGCCAUGAUUUCGAUGCCACUCUGAUCAACUGGACAUGGAGAUGCAACUGA